AUGGCGAGCACCAACACCAACAGCACCCUCAGGCCGCCCCCGGGCAUGCUCCAAGUCGACGAGUCCGUCCGACCACGCGCCGCCAGCAACGCCGACACCAUCGUUUCCACAGCCGCCUCCAACCCAUUUCUCACCCCGGCCGCAACCGUUAGCCGCGCGACGAGCAUCAGCGAGGACUUGCGGAGCCCGCUGGCCCCGGACCCGGGCACCGAGGCCGACUUUGACGUCGAUGACAACCCGUUCGCCUUUUCUCCCGGUCAGCUAAACAAGCUCCUGAACCCAAAGUCCCUCGCCGCGUUUCAAGCCCUCGGUGGACUCAAGAGCAUUGCUCGCGGCCUGCAGACGGACGUCACCUCUGGCCUGAGCGUCGACGAGACCGGCGCUCCGACCAGAAUCUCCUUCAACGAUGCCGUGUCUCCUACGCCCUUGUUUUCCGUUCCUCCUCCUCCCUACAGCAAGGCUGCUUCUCCGUCUUCUCUCUCCUCGGACCCCUUUUCCGACCGCAUUCGCGUGUAUAAGCGAAACGUCCUGCCUGCAAAGAAGGCGACGCCGCUAUGGCGCCUCAUGUGGAACGCCUACAACGACAAGGUCCUCAUUCUGCUGACCGUCGCCGCCGUCAUCUCCCUCGCACUCGGCCUCUACGAGACCCUCGGCGUCGACCACCCGCCCGGAUCGCCCGCGCCCGUCGACUGGGUCGAGGGCGUCGCCAUCUGCGCAGCCAUCAUCAUUGUCACUGCCGUCGGGUCUCUCAACGACUGGCAAAAGGAAAAGGCGUUUGUUAAGCUCAACGCCCGCAAGGAGGACCGUGAGAUCAAGGUCAUCCGGUCGGGCCGCUCCUUCAUGAUCAACGUCCACGACAUUCUGGUUGGGGACGUGCUGCACUUGGAGCCCGGUGACCUCGUGCCCGUCGAUGGAGUCUUCAUCGAGGGCCACGACCUGAAAUGCGACGAGUCUUCGGCAACCGGAGAGUCGGAUGCGCUCAAGAAGACCGGUGGCGAUCAGGUGAUGCGACUUCUGGAAAAUGGCAACGGCACCAAGGAUAUAGACCCGUUCAUCAUUUCUGGUGCCAAGGUCCUCGAGGGCAUGGGUACCUUUCUCUGUACCUCGGUCGGCGUCAACAGUAGCUUCGGCAAGAUCAUGAUGUCUGUACGCACCGAAGUUGAGGCCACGCCGCUGCAGAAGAAGCUCGAGAAUCUCGCCCUCGCCAUUGCUAAGCUCGGCGGUGGCGCAGCGGCACUCCUCUUCUUCGUACUGCUAUGUCGGUUCCUUGCGUCUCUGCCCGGACUCACUGGUUCACCCGCGGAAAAAGCAUCUCUGUUCAUGGACAUUCUCAUCGUGGCCAUUACCAUCAUCGUCGUGGCGGUGCCUGAGGGCCUGCCGCUUGCAGUGACGCUCGCGUUGGCCUUUGCCACCACGCGGCUGCUCAAGGAGAACAACCUGGUGCGCAUGUUGCGUGCUUGCGAGACCAUGGGAAACGCAACGACCAUUUGCUCUGACAAGACCGGGACUCUGACCACUAACAAGAUGACUGUUGUCGCGGGCACGUUUGGCAGCUCCAGAUUCGACAAGGUCGAUACGGAGAAGCCGUCGGGCCAGUCUGUCGGUCAGUGGGCGUCCGGCCUUCCGGAUGAGAUCAAGGAGAUGAUUGUUCAGUCUGUCGCUGUCAACUCCACCGCCUUUGAGGGAGAAGAGGACGGCGAGGUCACCUUCAUUGGCUCCAAGACGGAGACGGCCCUCCUGCAGCUCGCAAGGGACCACUUGGGCCUCCAGGCCCUCGCCGAGACGAGGGCCAACGAGCACGUUGUGCAGAUGAUGCCCUUUGACUCGAGCAAGAAGUGUAUGGGCGCGGUGGUCAGGCUGCGCUCCGGUCGAGGCUACCGGCUGCUCGUCAAGGGAGCUUCCGAGAUCUUGCUGGGAUACUGCUCUGCCAAAGCAGAUCCGCAGUCGCUUAAGGAGGAGCCUCUGACCGCCACUGGCGUCGAAGCCCUCCGACAGACCAUCAACCAAUAUGCCAGCAAGUCACUUCGCACCAUCGGCCUGGUAUACAAAGACUACGAGUCGUGGCCGCCGGCGCACGCCAAGGUAAGCAGUGGCGACGGACAGCACGUCGAAUUCGUCUCCUUGCUGCAAGAGCUCGUCUUCCUCGGCGUCGUCGGCAUUCAGGACCCCGUGCGGUCGGGCGUUCCCGAGGCGGUCAAGAAGGCCCAGCACGCUGGUGUCGUCGUGCGCAUGGUGACGGGUGACAACGUCGUCACGGCGCGGGCCAUCGCUGCGGAGUGCGGCAUCUUCACCGAGGGCGGCAUUGUCAUGGAAGGCCCCGUCUUUCGCAGACUCUCGGAGGCGGCCAUGGACGAAACACUACCCAAGCUGCAAGUGCUAGCACGUUCGUCCCCUGAGGACAAGAGGAUUCUCGUGACACGUCUCAAGGCGCUAGGCGAGACGGUCGCCGUGACGGGAGACGGUACCAACGAUGCGCCCGCGCUUAAAGCCGCUGAUGUGGGCUUCUCGAUGGGCAUCGCGGGAACCGAGGUGGCCAAGGAGGCGUCCGCGAUAGUGCUCAUGGACGACAACUUUGCCUCCAUCGUGACGGCCCUCAAGUGGGGCAGGGCCGUCAACGACGCCGUCCAAAAGUUCCUUCAGUUCCAAAUCACGGUCAACAUCACGGCAGUGCUCCUGGCUUUUAUCACCGCCGUCUACGACGAGCACAUGAAGUCUGUGCUCAGGGCCGUGCAGCUGCUCUGGGUCAAUCUCAUCAUGGAUACGUUCGCCGCAUUGGCCCUCGCCACGGAUCCGCCCACGGAGAAGAUUCUCAACCGGCCGCCCCAGGGGAAGAAGGCACCCCUCAUCACGAUCAACAUGUGGAAGAUGAUUAUCGGACAGGCCAUCUUCCAGCUCGUCGUGACUCUGACGCUCUACUUUGCCGGCAUGGACAUGCUCGGCUACAGGCCCGAUCAGCGAAUCGAGCUCGAUACGCUCAUCUUCAACACGUUUGUGUGGAUGCAAAUCUUCAACGAGUUCAAUAACCGGCGGCUCGACAACCGCUUCAACAUCCUCGAGGGCGUGCACCGCAAUCAUUUCUUUAUCGGAAUCAACUGCCUCAUGGUCGGUCUGCAGGUGGCCAUCAUCUUUGUCGGCUCGCGCGCCUUCGGCAUCAGCCCGAAAGGGCUCGACGGCACGCAGUGGGCCAUUUCUGUCGUCAUCGCGCUCAUGUGCCUGCCCUGGGCCGUGGCCGUGCGCCUAUUCCCGGACGCGUGGUUUGCGAGCAUCGCGAGCGUGGCGGGGCGGCCCGUGGUGGUGUUGUACCGCGCGCUGGCCAGGUUCUUUUCUGCCGUGGCGAAGCCGCUCAGGAAUAUCAGGAGGAAGAAGGAGAGUGAUGGAAGCAAGGAGGGGGAGAGCGCUGUCCCGAUUCGGAGCGCUCGCUCGGAGGAUGCUGCGCCGGAGAUCGUCGUGUCGAAUGCUCCGACGGUGCAGGUCACGGACAUUGAAAGGGGGCCGGCCUCGUCAUAG